AUGCGCUGGCCAUACCACUUCAUCGACCUCACGGACGCUCAAAAGCAUCAACGGCGAGAGCUACUCGACAAACAUGCCAACAUAGCACAAUUCUCGGCCAUCGUCCCACUGCUUGUCAUCCAGCUUUGGUCGGGCUUCUCGUGGCUGAGAAAAACAUGGCAAAACCACAACGACUUGGAUCUGCCCAGCUCGCCGUAUCGGAAGGACGUUUCGGCACGCUCUCCAAGAGGUCUUGAUCAUGCCAGAGUCCUUUUACGAAAGGUACGGUGGUGGCUCGGCGAAGAGCAGCGGCUCGGUGACAUCGUGGGUACCAGAGGACAGGUCAUAUUUGCCUUGAGCUGGAUGGUGUGGCUUUUCUGGCUCUGCUUCGCGGAGACAGGAGACGGUAAGCUCAACAUCAUGCACCACAAGUACAACAUCAUGCUGAAAAACUCAGACUAUCUCCACGUCACGAAACGCUUCGGCAUAAUCGCAUCCUCCCAACUCCCCUUCCACUAUCUCCUGGCCCUCAAGUCACCCUACUCGCCACUCCAACUCUUGACCAGGAAAAGCCAUGAAACGCUCAACGUCUACCACCAGUUCCUCGGAAAGGCCAUCGCCUUCCUGCUCUACAUCCACGCAGUCCUCUACCUCAAUUUCUACGUCCAAAAGAGCCUCCUCAUCUCCAAAAUCCAGGAACUCUACGUCCUCUGCGGCAUCAUCGGCGUCGUGGCCUUCAAAAUCGUCACCAUCCCGCCGUUCAAACACAGAAAAUACCGGUUCUGGUACCUCACGCACAUCCUCAUCUCAAGCCUCCUCCUCCCCCUCCUCUUCUUCCACGUCUCCCACCUCCGAGUCUACCUCUACGAAGCCGGCCUCAUCUACGCCGUCCACGCCUUCCUCCGCUACAGAGCUUUGAAGAUUGUCACAGCAACCCUCCGGCACAUCCCAACCACCUCCUCCUCGACCGACCUCCUCGAAAUAACCAUCCCCACCUCCCCACCCCUGCAAUCUUAUAAAACGGCACAACACACCUACCUCUCCCUCCCCCACCACCCGCUCUCCCGCAACUUGAACAGCAACCCCUUCACCCUCGCCUCCCUCCCCCACUCCGACGGGCAUCUACGCUUCUUAGUACGGAUCUACGCCGGAAACACCGCCGCUCUACUCGCUUCCACCACUUCCUCAUCAGGAGGACAACUGGACCUCACGCUCGAAGGACCCUACGGCACAUCUACGCACCCUGAUACCUUGCUCGGAUACGAUAGGGUGCUCUUCGUAGCCGGCGGCGUGGGAGCAGCGUUCAUCGUGCCGUUGUACAGACAGCUGCUGGAAGAUCUGAGUCCGAGCGCUGGAAGCCAUAGGCGCAGCAAAGUGAAGUUCGUCUGGGCUGUGCGGAGCGCAGAAGAAACUACGUGGGCCUUACCAUCAGGCGAGAAGGAACGGCAAGGCUUCGUCGAGCGAAUGGAGAUGUACGUCACCGCCGGCGGCGGCGGCACUGACCUGCAAGGCGCGAAUGGCGCACCAGUAUCCCCACGAACAAGCGAGGACGUCGAAGCUAUCGAGCUGCAAGAACGCAGCACGCUCCUGACCUCCCGAACCGAGCCCUCCAGCGGAGACCAGUUCCACUACCGCGCCGGCCGUCCAGACCUUCCCACAAUAGUCCACGAGACGUUUUCGCACUCUUCUACCGAGCGCGUGGCGGUGAUGGUUUGUGGGCCUAAGAGUUUGAGUCGGGACUUACGCAGGGAAGUGGGGAAUUGGGUGGUGGGACGGGGGAGGGAAGUUUGGUGGUGGGAGGAACGGUUUGGGUGGUGA